AUGAUUCUCACGACCCGCCUCCCUGAUUCCCUUCGUUCCACUGCCCUAGCUGUCUCUGCCUCUUGUGACACCCCCCUCCCCUCUGUGUUCGAGGGGUGCUCCCCCUCCCUGCUCGCGCCGUCUGUUGCCUCUGCUGGUGCUGUGGACUUCCUUGGUGCUAAGGAGGUCGGUAAUGUGUCUGCUCCUAGUGGGAGGCGCCGCAGUGGCAAGGGAAAGGAUGGCAAGGGUGGGGGUGGUGAGGGUGGUGGGGGUGGAGGGAGUGGCGGUGGUGGUGGUGGGGGUGGUAAUGGUGGGGGAGGAGGUGGAGGCGGCAGAAGAGGAGGAGGGGGUGGUGGGAGCAGUGGGGGUGGUGGAGGGGGCGGGGGUGGCACUCGGAGUGGAGCUGGCGGAGGAGGAGCUGGAGGUUCGGCCACUCGUACAGCUGCGUCUGGUGGUGCAGCGGGUGAUGGAGGUGGCUCUGGGGGUGGUCAGAAGCACCACCUGAGUCGACAGGUGCAGCUCUCGCCGCAGCAGCUUCGUGAGUGGGCGAUCCGGCUUGGCAGCUCAGGUGGCCCAGCUCGCUGCGGGUACGUCCGUCGCACAGGUCAGCCUAGAGCGACUUGCACUUGUAUCGACCACAUGGAGUCUCGCUGCUUCAUUCGCCUCAAUGAUCUGUAUCGUGCGGAGCAUGGUGAGCAGAUGACGACUCCUAACUGGUUAGCUUUGCUUAAGAAGGACAUCGACAUGUUUGCUUGUGACCGUGCAGCGUUCCAUGCUGGCAUGUAUGCGAUGUAUGCUGCUUCUGCUAGUGUUUAG